GUAAUAAGAGUAUUGUUUGAUCGGAAAACGGUAAUAAAGAAGACGUGGGUUUAACAAAGACGUUUUAUUAUGGUCGGAAGAGACAAUCAGUCGGUUACAAGAGAGGUAAGAAAGUGCGACAGAGAAGAAGCCGGUAACUCGGGGAGCUACCGGAAAAGUACAAAUAACGGCAAGAUGAAGCAAAGGUGAAAACCCUAAUCUAGCCGCCAAGUGUUAGUCAGAUGAUUUCGGAUCCUUUUCUCGUUCCUCUUCCUUCUCCUUAUAUAGUCCUCUGAUGUGUCGUUCUUGACCUAGCUUAUGUCGUCUUCGCGGGCUUUCCUUAUUGGGCCGAAAGGCCCGUAUUCAUUCGAGCGGUCGCCGAGCCGGAUGCCUCUUAGUCGACAACGAUCGACUCAAGGUACUUCAGAGGCGAGCCGAGAGACUGACCUAUUAAGCCGACUAUCCGAGCCGUUGCUUCCCUUGGUCCGGGCCAGGCCUUCUAUUCCUUGGGCCUUGUGGGAUGGUUAGAUCCAUCUCCUACAAGUAUGAUCUUCCACCAUUGGUGAAGCUGCGAAGGGAAGGCUUAGAUGGUCUCGAGAAGAUCAUUAUGAUGAAAUGCAAUUUUUUUGUAGCUCUUGUGACCUCUGUGCUUUCAAUAGACAAGUUAGUAAAUCAUUUCGUUUUUUUUCCUCGCUAAUUUUCAGAUGGUGGCGUUCGUUUCUCUGAGCAUUAUGAUGAGCUUCUACUGGUCUUUGCCUUCAACAAACAAGUACCUUACCAGAUAAUAGCCCUUCUUUAUUAUUUGGCAUGGUAAGCGUAUGACGAGGUGCUCUGUAUCAAAUGCCUUUUUUUAUAUCUCAUUCGUUGUUCCUACACACACUAUACUUACUUUUAACAGCGUUAGUGUUACUUUUAACCCUAAGCCAUUACCAAUCUCAUGAACUAAUAUUUUGAGAUAAAUACAAAACAUCUGGUUAAGUUUCCUAGAUCACCAAACCCACCAAUGCAGGUUUCUUGUAUCCCUCAAUCUGAACCUCUAGAUAACUCUCAACUCUUUUAUGUCAAAUGUGGUCAAGGUUGAUAUCUUUAGGCAAUUUUCAGAUUAAUUUUAUUAGUGUAUAAUAUUUCCAAAAAAUUCAACUGAUGUUUUAUUUUUGAGAACUAAUAACUAGGAAUGGUACGCAUAACUUGUAAGUUACAAAUGUUAGUAUCAUAUUGAAUUAUAUAGGGAUCUAUACUAUUAUUUGAGAAGCGAAUUUGCUGAUUUGUCAUACCAUGAUUUUAGGUUUAGUCAUAUUUUAUGCUCAAUUAUUAUUUUUAAUUAGUGAUUUUGAUAACAAUUUAUCAUUAUCUUCAAAAACAAAUUAUAACGAUAAUAUCAUAUCAUAUAUAUUAAGUAUAUAUAUAUAUAUAUAUAUAUAUAUAUAUAUAUGACAAGUGAAUUUUCUGAUUUGUCAUGUUCUUGAUUUUAGGCUUACUCAUAUUUUUAUAUUUUACUCUCAAUUUUUCGUUUUAAUAAAUAAUUUUAGUGAUUUAGCUGAUAAUUUAUCAUUAUCUUUAGAAUAAUUUAAAUAUUCUAAUGAAAAUCUCAUAGUUAUAUUUAUAUUAUACUAGAUAUGGGCCUUUGCGUUGCAGGAAUUCUGCUUGAUAUUUUAAUUUAUGAAAAUAUCCAUGCUUUAAUCAUAAAUUUAUGAAUUUUUGGAUAUAUUAUAUGUGAGAAUUAUUUUAUAAAUAAAAAUUUAUUUGUCAUGUAAGUUUUGAUUCAUUUUAUAUUUAAAUAAUCAAGGUGCAUAUGCGAGUUAUUAGCUACCUUGUACCUAGGCUUAGACAAAAUAUCCAUGCUUUCAUAUCUAAAUCGAACCUAAUCCGAGAAAGAAAAGUAGAAAAAAUACAAAAAAAAAAAAUUAAAAUUGCAUCAAGCCAAUCAAAUCAAUAACAAUGCCAAACGCCUGUAAAAACAAAUUAAUUUUAAUUAUAAAAACGGAUAAGAUUUUUCUAAAAUAAAAAGAACUAAAAACAUUUACCUUCUACAGAUGUUUAUUAUUCAUAGAAAUGUUUGAAAUGAUUAUUCUAAAAAUCUUUAUUGUUUAGGAUUUGAAGAAAGGAAAUCUAAUAUUAAACACUCUUUUAAAAUAUGUUUAAGAUUUUAGAAAAGGACAAAUACUAUCAAAUAAUUAAAUCUUUAUGAUUGUAGAAAAAUGAAAUGGGUAUUAAAUAAAUUAUUUUACAGAUCUUAUUAACUAUAUUUUUUAAAAACAAAAAAUCUUAGAAAAAUAAUAUUAAAUAAUAUUUAAAGUAUUUUGUUUAAAAAAUCGAUAUUUACUAUCUUAUUAUAUAUUUUAUUAAUCAUGAGAUAUUUUAACAUAUGUCAAAAUUUUAAAAGGAAAAAUUACAAUCACAUAAUAUGUUACAAUUAUCUUUUCUUUAGGAUUUAGAAAAGGAAAAUUAGCAUUAAAUCAACUAUUUUACAAAUCAUUUUUUUGUAUAGGAUUUUUAAAAAGUAAAUUCUAUAGAAAAAACUAUUAAAUAAUUUUAAUAGAAUUUAAAAAAUUAAAAAAAUAGUUUCAAACAUAAUUUUCGAUUUUCAAAAAGAAAUUUUGAAAAAAAAUAAAAACAAAAUUUUCGAAAAACAAAUUCAAAAAAAAAUUGUAUAAAAAAGUUCGAAUUUGAAAAUGUAUAAUUCUAAAACAUAAAAAAAGAUAUUUUUAUUUUUUAUUUAUUUAAAUAAUUAUUUAUAUAUAUAUAGAUAACAAGGGUAUAACAGUCUUUUGCCACUUAAUGAAGGUAUUUUUAAAAAUGUUUAUUUAGUAGUGAUAAAGAUGCAAAAUGGUACCAUGAAAAUAGUGAACGUAAAAUUUCUCCAAACUUCUAUUAAUAUACUAUUAAAUAAUUUUUAAAAUUACUUUUAUAAAACUAUUUUUAUUAUCUUAGUAUAUAUAUUUUUAAUCAUUAAAUAUUUUAACACAUGUCACAAUACGAAAAGAAAUUUACAACAAUAAUAUUCUGCAAAUAUCUUUUGUUUAGAAUUUUAAAAAUGGAAAAUUACUAUUAGAAUUUUAAAAUUGGAAAAUUACUAUUAAAUAAUAUCUAUAAUUAAUUUUUAAAUAAAAUUUAUUUGUUAUUUUCUUAGUAUAUAUAUAUAUAUAUAUUUAAUUAUAAAAUAUUUUAACACAUGUCACCAUCUUAAAAUUUUAAGUGUCAUGUGUCAUAAUCAUGUUAAUUAUCAACUUUGAAGAACCAAACUUUAUAUAAUAAAAUUAUAGUUAAUUUAUUAAUAUUAAAAUAUUAUCAAUAUAUAUAUUUAUUUUUAGUUUAGUAAUAUUAAACCAACUCUAUCUUAAUAUAUAUAUAUAUAUAUAUAUUAUACUACCUAUGAACAAUACAUAUACACAUGUUCUCGUCAAAAUAAUAAGUUUCUUCCGGCAUUAUAUAUUUUUAAAGAAGAAGUUGUCUACUUUGGUUUUUAUUAGAAAUAUUGGUUCAAUUUAAGAAUGCUACAAAAUUAAAGUCAAGAUGUUAAAAAAAGUCAAGAUGUUGAUAUCUAUACUAUUAUUUGCGAAAUAAAUUUCCGCAUCCGAUCUCUCACGUUGAAAGUUAGAGCAGUUAAUAUAUAUACUACCGUUAAUGAAUUUUUAUAUAUAGUUAAGAAUGAAUUUUAUGUUAAUAAUAUUAUAUUUAUAUGUUAUAUUAGAUAAUUGUAAAUUAUGAUAAAUUUGUCAAAUAAAAACGUAUUGUUUUUCAAAAAAAUAUAAUUAUUAUAUAUAUUGUAUUGUUAUCUGAAAAUAAUGUUUUCAACUAUAAAAGUUACAAAUUUUAAAAUCGAAUUUUAUGUUAAUAAUAUUAGAUUUAUAUGUUAUAUUAGAUAAUUGUUAAUUAUUAUAAAAUUUUCAAAAUAAAACAUAUUAAAAAAAUGAUAAUUAUUAUAAUUAUAUAUUUUGUUGUUAUCUGAAAGUAAUGUUUUCUAAUAUGAAAGUUAAAGAAUUAAGACAUAAAAAUAUUCAAAUUUAAUAUCAAUUAAGCAAAAGUUUGUAUAAAGAUAAAUUGUCAAAAAUAAAAAUAUUUUUAAAAAGACAAUUCUUAUAUAUAUAUAUAUAUAUAUAUAUAUAUAUUGUGUUAUUAUCUGGAACUAAUAUUUUUCUACUAUGAAAAUUAAGAAAAAAAUUAAAAAGAUUAUGUCAGCAUAUACGGGCAAAACACCUAGUAAUACAUGUUCAUAAAGUGCAUAUCUAAAAGAAAUGUUGUACUACUAUCAGGAAUGUUCAUGUUGAAGUUAUAAAUGAUAUUGCAAUUGAUUUAGAAGCAGUCACGUGUAAAAAAAAAAUUAAACAAAUGCACAAAUUGUGUUCACAAGUUUUAGUAGAAAUUAAGAACGAGACACAAAAUAUGUUAGCAUAUUACUGUAGCUAUAUAUAUAUAUAUAUGUACAUAAGUUCAUCCUGAGUGGUUAUAAGAAAGCAUGAGUCGUUGUUACUAAUGACUUGCCUUCUCUCUCAUUGAACCAUGUAGAAGAAUUGGCUGCUUCGUUAUAGAGAUUAGCUCUUGUUUCCUUAAACUUGCUUGGUUUGAAUUUUGAAAUAUAAUGAAGGUAAAGAAUCCAGAAUUUGUCUUUGGUAUGACCCUUUUUUUUACAGUGAUCACACACCCAAACUUCGUUUCUUCAAACUUGAAAACUCCUUUGUUGGCAGUUACAAGAUAAUGAAACAAGAAUCAUCAGGAGGCCAAAGACUUCGUCUUAUUUAUGCCUCUCAAUGAAGACAUCAACCGAACUUGACCUUAACAUCUCAAAGCUCAGCCCAUAAAGAUCUAAACUUGUCAAAGUGUUGGGUGAACUCCAUAUCUUCUUGGCUGAGAUCAUUGAUGGCCUUGCUUCAAAGUUCCAACCCAAGUUGGUGGUAUUUCUAUAGACCUUUGUAAGAGUCUCCCAAAGCGUCUUGGUAGUUUCAAAAUAGGAGUAAGCCUCCAAGAUUUGUCCUUCUAGGGAGUUUUGGAUGAUAGAUAACACUUGCCGGUCUUUAUGAAAUCACUUGCCUUCUUCCACAAGGAUAAUCUCCAUGCCAUCUUGUUGGAUUGUUUGUUUUAGAUAUUUAUCUUGAGUUACAUGACGCCAUAAACCAUGACUAUCAUAGACCACAACAAAUAGUUAACCCCUUAAGAGAGAUUGGAACAACUAACUUGCAUUAAUUUUUCCAUGGUCCGAUUUAGAAAAAGUAAAAUAUAAUAGAUUGAAUUCGGAAGAGAUAAAGAGAAUAUGAACUAUUGUCCAUGUGAGAAUAUGAAAUUAACUUAAAUAGAAUAAAGAAUAAUAGAGUAGAUGAAGAGAUUGUUGAGAGAAUAUGUAGAAGAGAGAAUAGAGAUAGAGAGAGAUUUAAUUCCCUUAAUCUUACAGUUGUAGCUACAAACGAUUAUAAGUAGUUUUAACUUGACUCAAACUAACUAACUUACUAAAAAAGUUAAAAUAAAAAUAAUAUAUGUUUUUAUUGUUUUUAUAUGUUACUGUUUAUCUGCGGUUAUUCAAUUCUUCACUUUAGUAUCCGGAAGCUUUUGAACUUACCAACUUUGGUUACGUCUAUGUAUAUUCUUUGGUUUUUAGUUUCAACAAAAUCUUCGAGUGAACAAAGAGCUUUAAAGGUGUUUCUAAAACAUAUUCCCUCUGUUUCCAAUUAUAAGUAGUUUUGUCUAAAAUCACAAGUUUUUAGAAAAAACACAUUUAUAACUUUAGCAUUUAAUUGAAGUGAUAGGAGAGAACCAAUAACAAAUCAUAUUUUUAACUUUGCUUUUAAAUUUUGGGUUUUUAGUAAUUAAACCCCUCAACUAAAGAUGAAUCGUAAAAAAACCCUCAACUAAAAUCAUGUGAAAUAAACGUUCAACUUUAAUUUCCUUAACGUAUGUUACCCUCUGUCUAUAAAACCAUGAUGGAAAGUGACAUACGUUAACGAUUUAUAAAUUGAGUGUUUAUAAUGUUGGAAACUUAAUUGAAGAGAUUUUUACGAUUCAAAUAGUUGAGGGGUUUUAUGACUAAAAUUCAUUAAAUGUUUUAAAAUAUUUAUUAGAUUGAUAUAAGCCUUUAAAACUAAUUUAUAAACUUUAAUACAUUAAUUACAACUUAAUAUAACUACAAAAUAUUAAAUUAUUUGAUAUUUGGCAAUAAUGAUAUAAGAAAAAUUGUGUGUUUAUAUCGUCAUUGUCAAAUAUCAAAUAAUUUAAUGUUUCUAAGUUAUAUUAAGUCUUAAGUAGUGUCUAGCAAGUAGCAGAAAUUGUAAAAACUUAUAAAAUCAUUGUGAAAUUGUAUUAAUCAUAUGUCAAAGUAUUAAAAUAAUUAUGAAGCUUUAUAAAUCGGUCAUAAAGUAAUGUAUUUAAAUUUAUAAAUUUGUUUUAAAGGCUUAUAUCAAUCUAAAAUAAUGUUUAAACGAUAAUAAUGAUUUUAAAACAUUUAAUGAAUUUUAGUGAUAAAACCUUUCAACUAUUUUGGAAUAGUAAAAAACUCUUCAACUACGUUUUUAACAUUAUAAACCCUCAACAUAUAAACCGUUAACGUAUGUCACCAACCGUCACAGUUUUUUAGACGGAGGGUAACAUACGUUAACGAAAUUAAAGUUGAUGAUUUAUUUCAUAGGAUUUUUAGUUGAAAGUUUCUUUUACGAUUCAUCUUUAGUUGAUGGGUUUAAUUACUAAAAACCCUUAAAUUUUUGUUUAAAUAUUAUUUUUGGUAUUAUUUUUUGCAUUGGACUUUGAAAACAACUUAGUGAAACAAACAAAAAGUUAUAUAUAUAAACAGAGGGAGUAAUAAAAUGAUAAGAUACUCCAAAAUGCUUGUUUAGAUAAUUGGUUACCAUAUAUCUAUCAUAUGAUGUCACAUGAAUUGCCAUCGAAAACAGAUUUUUAAUGGAUGUAAAGUAUUUAAAUGAUCGCGUUAAACGAACUUUCUUGUAGCGAUAGUAUAUUCGUAGUCCGUAGAACCCUUAAUUGUAUUUAGCAUGUAUGCAUUACAAAUUUACAAAUACUGUAGUUAGAUCAAAUAAAAAACGAGUUUUAAGUGAUUAACGAACGAGUAAAGAACAUAUUUUUUUUUUGUAGUUCAUCCAUUGUGGUGGUUUGAAAAAAACCUAUUUUCUUAUAAUAUUUGUGAAGACUAAACAUUGCAGUUUGCACCAAACUCCAGUCCAACUCUAAUAAAAUUGAAAACGAGGCUAUUGAGCUAUCCACUUCUUGACUUACUACACUGGCGGUCUUUUUAUAACAUAUUAUAAGUUUGUAAACGUGGAGCCGACUAAUUAACUUUCCGUUUUGUCUUUUAAAUUCUAAAUUGUUGACGCUAAUUUAUUUCAAAAGAGAAGCAUAUUCCAAAUUGUCUUUUAGUUAAACCACGUAGCGAUAGUUACAGACUUAAACCAGUUCUAAUAUAUAUAUGUGAUAGUUAGACUGUUUAUUGGAGAUGCAGAGAUAACACACAAAAAUGGAGAGGGGAGAAGGAGCUAUGCAUGUAGCCAUGUUUCCAUGGCUUGCUAUGGGUCAUCUUCUUCCGUUUUUCCGUAUGUCCAAGUUGCUUGCGCAAAAGGGUCACAAGGUCUCCUUCAUAUCGACACCAAGAAACAUCGAGAGACUUCCCAAUUUACCAUCAAGCCUCUCUUCCUUCAUCACCUUUGUCUCUUUCCCUCUCGUUCCCUUCCCCGGCUCAACUCCUGGCUCCGAAUGCUCCAUGGACGUGACUUACAGCAAGCAACCGUCUCUCAAAUCCGCCUUCGAUCUCCUCCAGAAACCUUUGACGGAGUUUCUCCAAGAGGAGUCUCCGGACUGGGUCAUAUAUGACUACGCUGCUCACUGGCUUCCUCCAGUUGCGGCGGAGCUGGGAAUCUCGAAGGCCUUCUUCAGCAUCUUUAACGCAGCCUCUCUCUGCUUCUUGGGACCGCCAUCGUUGUUGUUAGAAGGGGUCAGAUCUACGCCGGAAGACUUCACGGUCGUGCCGCCGUGGAUCCCGUUCCAAUCGAACAUGGCAUAUCGUUAUCACGAAGUGACUUUGGUCGGUGACAAGAGGGGGAAAGAUACGAAUGGAGUCUCUGAUUCUGCACGGUUCGGCUACUCGAUCUCUGAGUCUGAUGCGGUCUUCGUCCAUACCUCGACGGGAUUUGAACCAGAGUGGCUUGGUUUACUAAAAGAUCUGUAUCGAAAACCCGUGUUUCCGACAGGGUUUUUGCCAACCGAUACUGAAGACGAAGUCGAAGGAGAUAAAACAUGGGUUGGUAUAAAGAAGUGGCUCGACAAGCAGAGCAUUAACUCAGUUGUCUACGUGGCACUAGGUACCGAGGCGAGCCUUCCUCCAGCAGAGUUCACCGAGCUGGCUCAUGGGUUGGAGAAAUCAGAGGUGCCUUUCUUUUGGGUUAUAAGAAACGAGUCACAGAUUCUAGAUGGGUACGUGGAACGAGUUGCUGGACGUGGCAUGGUUAAUGUUGGCUGGGUUCCUCAGGUCAAAAUACUGAGUCACAGCUCGGUGGGCGGGUUCUUGACGCACUGCGGCUGGAACUCAUUGGUGGAAGGGUUAGGGUUCGGCCGAGUACCUAUCUUGUUCCCGGUGUUGAAUGAGCAAGGGCUCAACACUAGGCUGUUGGAGGGGAAGGGACUUGGUGUUGAGAUCCCUAGAGAUGAGGAAAAAGGCUCGUUUGAUUCUGACUCGGUGGCUCACUCGGUUCGAUUGGCAAUGGUUGAUGAUGCAGGCGAGUCCAUUAGGGCAAAAACAAAGCUCAUGAUGGGUUUGUUUGGGAACAUGGAUGAGAAUUCUCGCUACGUCGACGAACUUAUCGGAUAUAUGAGAAGUAAAUAGUAUAACACGUCUCAUUGCAAGUUCGCAAAUCGAAAUGAUUAGUCGUACUAGUAGGCAUGUAAUAUUUCCAUAUGGUUUUCUGUUAUUUAAUAUCUUGCAUUAGUUUAUCUUAAAAGAACAAGAUGAUGUGAUACGCUACGUCUGUGUUUAGUUUAAUUAAAUACCAUUCAACUUCUUUUAACAGUUGAUAAGUAAGUUUAGAAAAAUGUUAUUUUAGUUUUGACCAAAAAAAAAAAAAAAAAAGAGAAAAAUGUCAUUUUAGUAGGUGGGAAAAAAUUGUUAAUGGUACUCAAAUUGAAUUUUGGUUCCAUUUAGAUUCCGUUUUAGAACUUCUCAGUUUUGAAGAAGCAAUUAGAUAUUUUUUGGUGAUGAGGCAUUGACUUUGUAUUGGCUUCAGAUCAAAACGCUUGCCAUGCCAUCAAGACAAACUCCAUAUGUUAUUAUCUGUCUUGACUGUAUGCGCCAAUGCAAUUAAUCGUGUAAAAUAUAUGUUGAUUCAGUCAUGUUACAAAGAGUCGAAGACCUUUCUUUGUUAAGAAGAGAGUAAUUUGCUUAACAGGUUCUUAAUUUUUUUUAGUUAAAAGUUAAGAGACACGUUCUUAUAUUCCGCUAAGAAUUUAAUUUUAAGAACCUUUCAUUAAACGUGUUCUUAGCAGUCUCCUCAGAGAUAAAAUUGAUAUAUUCCUUGAAUGAAACAAAACAUCGUUUGUCCUACUGAGUAUUAUAGAAUUUUUUUUUGUCAUCUAUUGAUCUAAUAUUAAGAAGAGUAUACACAAAGUCAACAAAAGUUUGCAAUCUUUCUCGAGUCAUAAACCGGUAAGGUGAUAUGCACACUAUCCGGAGCCAAAGUUUAGCAAAGACACUAAACCCAUAAACUAGGCUAAAAGAAAAAGUCAAAGUUGAGGUGAAGCCAAGGUCGACAAAAUUGUUUUUAAAUUUAUUUAUUUACAUAUGUCUACAGUAACUUAAAUGUUUUUGGACCUUAUUUUUAAUUUUCUUUUACAAAAAUUAGAUCAUUUUAUUACUAUUUAUGCAAAAAAAAAAGUUUAGGCCCUAGAGUGAACACCCCCUUGCCCCCCUCCACUCCUAUGCCGGCUCUAGGAGGAGCAUGGUGGAGAAACACAAUAAACUGCAGGAAAAGAAACGCUAAACUAAGCCGAAAAAGAGAUGAAAGUGAAAGGGAUGAACGUUUAAUUAUUUGAGUUUGAAAAAUGAUUUCCAGGAACGCAACUACCAUAUGGGAACAAGCUCAGACACCAGAUAUAAAACAAGUAAUCCCGAAAACCCGCUCAAACACACUAGUGAGUGAAUUAAAGAAAAAAAUAAUAAUUUAUUUAUUAUUACUGGUCUUUCUUUUCCUACAAGUUUAUUUCUUAGGAUAGAGUGAAUUAAAAAAAAAGAAUAAUUAUAUUGAAAGGAAAUAUUAACAAAAAAAUUUAAUAUAUAAAAGGGAUUCAUGCUCAAAACUCAGCCUAUCCACAUCUGCAAAUUAAAUGAGCAAGUGGGGAGUUACUUCUCAUGUGACAAACCUUGUAUGCCAUUGCAAGUUGUUACUAGGCCUGUUAUUGGCCCGAAAAUAUAUAAACCAUUUAGUCCAAAUAUAUCAUUAUAUUUUUUUUUACUUUGAACUAAUUUGUAACGAGUGUCGACGGCUUUAAUGUAUUGAUAACUUGUUGCUCUUUUCCGGUGUAACAGAAUUGACUAUUAGAAUCCCUCUUCAAAGAUCCUUGAUUACUCAUCAGUGGUAACACAACUUAACUCUCCACCUCCUUCCUCUUUAACCUAUAAAAACUCGAUACAUCAAGACUGUCUUUAAUGACCUGAUCUCUUUUACGUUUUGGAUUGACCGUAUCAUCUCGGUGCUGUUGGACUUUAGUUCUUCAUGGUUGAAGGGCAUUUGAAAUGUUGGACUGGAUUCUCAAACCGGAUUUAGAGUUGGGUGAAACCCACCUCCAAUAAUAACCUUCGGAGUCCAGUCUGUCUCAUAUCGUUGGCCAAAUCGGAUAUCGAUUCCAAGCUAGGUGAUGUAAUUGAGACCAAUGGCUUGUGAAUCUUAAAAUUUGGUUUAAGAUUCUGGUUUAUGGCGUUAAUUGGUUAUAUGAACUAAGAUUUGAUGUAAAUAAAAAGAUUUGAUUUUCCUUUCUUGGGAACCGAAUCGUUCCGAAACAGGUAAUCAUUUUUUUUUUUUUUUGAGAGAUUAGACCUUUUGCGUUCCUUUUUUGUUGCUAUUGUGUCUUUUUGGUGUAAGGGUUUACUUCUUAAAUGUUAUAAGUUGGUUUUCUUAUACAUUUCUCUGAUAUUUGAUAUUUUUCAUUUUCUCUGUUUAUUGAACCCGUUUUCUCCUUUGUUCAUUUUUGACUUCUUAAGAACUCUCCUCCUAAUAGAUUUUUUUUGUUAAGUGUAGACUUUGAAAUGAUAAAAUGGUAAAAUAAAAUUUUGAUUUGUUAUUUGGUCAUAUGGACAUAAUGGUAAUUAUACUAAUUACUUAGAUUACUUUGUAAUUGAUUUAAUAGGAUGUUUAAUUUUGCAUUUGUAUUGAAAUUUUAAGUCAUAUUUGAUCAAUUCUCCAUUUUUUAAAUUGUACUUUUGUUUUAGUAAGAUAGAUAGUGGGGUGGUUAAGUCUCUAUAAUAACCGUUUCAGUUUAUAGUUUGCAGAAAUGGAAUGGGCAUGUGCUACAGCCAGUGUUCAAAAAAGUGCUAGGCGCUAACCAGACGGUGAUACUAUGCCUAGCCUCUAAAACGAAUAAUCGAACACUAAUUAAUUAUGCACCCUAGGUGUUUAUAAAUUAUAAUAUUAUGUUAAAUAUAUAUAACAUUUUGUAUUAAUUAUUAUUAUUUAUUACUGAUAAAUUUUAUAUUGUUUUAUUUUCAUAAAAUAUAUAAUAUAAUAUAAUAAUUAUAUAAUUGACAAAUAAUAAAUUACUUAUUAUUACAAUAAUGUAAUUAUUUAUGCGUUUAGAAGGUAAUUACCACGAUAUUAUAAGGGAUAUCGUCUAAGCACUGCGUAAGCGGCCGCCUAAACCGCGUUUUAGAUAACCGGGUUGGCUUGGAACUUAUUAUCCGAGAUCCGGAUUCGAUCCGAGAUCCGCUCCGAAAAUAAAAUAUCCGGGGUGCCCGGAUCCGAAUCCGGAUAGUAAAAUCUUGGAUCCGUCUAAAUCGGAUCCGGAUAUCUUAAUUUUUAGGUCCGGAUAUCCGGAUUCAGAUCCGUAUUUUUAAAACACAUUAAUUUUUAAAUUUCAUUAAUAUUAAUAUUUGAUAUAUUAAUAUUUAUACAUGAAUUAAUCUUAUCUUAUAAUCUUAUCUUAUAGUUUUUACAAUAUUGUAGACAUAUAUAAAUAUAUUUAUAAAUCUUAUAUAAAUAUUUAAUUGAUGUAUUAUAUUAAAAAAAUAGUAUUUUUUUUAAAAAAAUAUUAUUUUUACGGAUCCGGAUCCGGAUAAUAGAAUAUCGAGACGGAUAUCCGAAAUCCAGAUAUCCAAAAACCACGAAUUCGACAGAUCAGACGGAUCCAAAUCUGGAUACCCUAAAUUUCUCGGAUAUCUGGAUCCGUCCCAGGCCUAGGCCUAGGUACAGCUACACAGAAUUUCCCAAGAGACCGUUCUAUCAGUUUCCACGUAUCUUUUUUCAUAUGAUAUCAGCUGUAGAAGAUUUGAAACAGUAAAUUACUGCAAUCAGAUAAUGUUAAACAUUAUCAUUUAACAUUAUUUCAUAUAACAUUAUUCAUAAUUACAUAUACCCGGUGACCCAAUAUAUAAUCUGGUUUGCGUUUUAUGAAGAAACCAUUUUUAAAAACCUAAUAAAACUUGUAAAGUAUUAAAACCCGGAAUCCGGCGACGGUUGAACCAGUAGGUAACUUUUACUUUUUCUUUAUUAGAUUUUUUUAGUUUAUGUUAUUAGAACCUAUUUUGUAUUCAAGUUAAUUUUUAUCAUAUAUAGCUGACGAUUAAACUAUUUUUUUGCGAUUUUUAGAUUUUGAUGAAGAUUUAACUAUGCCACUUGAAGAAAAUGAAGUUAACGAUUUUGUAUUAGUUUAUUUUUGUUAUCGACAAUCUAUUAUAAUUUGAUGUUUUACUUUUGUUUUAUUUUGGAUUUAAAGUAUAAUUUUAUUAUUCACAUUUUAAAUACUUAUGGAUUUUAAAUCUUGAUAUUUUUAUUAGAUGCCAUUACUCCUAACUUGUUACAAAAAUUGUUAAAUAGUCUAAAUUAUGUUUUGAUAUUUUGUAUAUCAAAUAAAAUAAAACUAAGAAACUAAAGUAAAGUAUUUCCAAUUUUUUUUAAAAAACAUAAAGUUUUUAAAGAACAAAAAGUAUAUAUCAUAUUUUUAAUAGCCAAUAGAUUAAUAUAUAUAUAUAUAUAUAUAUAUAUAUAUAUAUAUAUUUUUUUUUUUGUCAUCAACUUAUACAGACUCAUAUAGACUCUGUGAACCAUGUUGGGAGAUUUGCAUCCAUGUGAACGACGAAAGACGGUUGCUUCCUUGCACUGCGUGCUAGGUUGUCCGCCUUGGUAUUGUGCAAAGUCAAACAUGUACUAAUUGAAAACAAUUAUAAAUAUUACUCCCUCUAUUCCUAAAUAUAAGAUGUUUUGGUAGGAACACACAUAUUAAAAAAACUACUUUUUGCCUAUAAAGUAUCAUUAAAACUAUAAAUUAAUGGUGUUCAACCAAUUACAAAAUAGACUAUUAAAAUAUGAUUGAGUUCACAGUUUUUAAUAAAGUAAAAGUUACCUAGAAAAUUAAAAACAUCUUAUAUAUUAGAACAUCAAAAUCCAGUAAAACAUCCUACUUUUAGGAAUAUAGGGAGUAUAUAUUUGAAACUAAAAUAACAUCCGCGCAUGUGCGCGGAUCAAAGUCUAGUUUAUGGAUUAAAUGCAGUGUUUUGAAACUCAACCCGGACAUGCGAUCGAACCGGUAAACCAGUGACCCGAUAUAAAAUCGGGUUUAAAUUUUAUGAAGAAACUAUUUUAAAAACCUAAUAAAACUUGUAAAAAAUAUUAAAACCUGGAAUCCAGCGGCAGUUGAACCAGUAGGUAGCUUUUACUUUUUCUUUCUUAAAUAUUUUUUAGUUUAUGUUAUUAGAAUCUGUUUUGUAUUCAUGUUAAUUUUUAUCAUGUAUAGUGACGAUUAAACUAUUUAUUUGUGAAUUUUAGAUUUUGAUGAAGAUUUAACUAUGACACUUGAAGAAAAUGAAGUUAACGAUAAUAUAGAGAACCAAAACAGUGAAUAUGAUUUUGUAUUAGUUUAUUUUUGUCAUCGACAAUCUAUUAUAAUUUGAUAUUUCACUUUUGGAUUUAAAUUAUAAUUUUAUUAUUCACAUUUUAAAUACUUAUGGAUUUUGAAUCUUGAUAUUUUUAUUAGAUGACAUUACUCCUAACUUGUUACAACAAUUGUUAAAUAGUCUAAAUUAUUUUUUGAUAUUUUGUAUAUCAAAUAAAAUAAAAAUAAGAACGUAAAGCAAAGUAUUUUCUAAUAUUUUUUUUUUAAAAUAUAAAGUAUAUAUUAUAUUUUUAAUAGCCAAUAUAUUAUUAUAUAAAAAUUAAUUAGUUAAUUAGCAUGUGAUUUGCACGUGGUGGACCAAAUAAUCCGGUGACCCGGAAAAUUAUCCAGUUCAGUAUCCGGGACGAGUUUAAAAACCUUGAUUAAAUGUAUUCGACAAAAAAAGUUGAAGUACAAUUUUAUUUUCAUUUACAUUUUUGUUAAUUACACAUCAACUAAGACCACCUCCAUCGGAGGUUUUGACUAAGGAGUUCUAGAGCAUAACUUAAAAAAAAUAAAUCAAAAAUGCAUUCACACAACAGAACCGCUGUCAAAGCAGGGACUUUAAGAAUUGAUUAAAACCCCUGACGUGUCCAGUUUGUAUAGGCUAAUCAUUAAAGACAAAAGGGAAAAAAUUAUUCUCUCUCUCUCUCUCUCUCUUCGUCGAUUCUUCUUCGUUCUUCUUCCUUCUUCUUUCGUUCUUCUUCCUUCUUCUCUAUUUGCAUGUCACGAAACCGAUCGAUCACUGCCUCCUCCUCCAAUUCCGUCAAUGGAAUCACCGUUGAGGUUCAAAUUUUUUGAUUUUCUUGUAUUGAUUUGAAGCUCGUCUAGUGAAUUGGGUUGAUACAAAUCGAUUUGAGAAUAGAUUUGGCUCUGUGCAUCUCCUCUGUUUGUCUAUCUUUACACGACUUGGUUCCAUCGAUUUGGUUCCAAAACUCGUUGUAUUCGAGAGACCCGGGAGAGAGGAAGAACAUGGAACCAAAUCGAUGUAAUAAGAGAUAAAGCUAUGGUGGGUUUGAGAGAGAACACUCCGGUGGAAACGUUAACGCAAAGGUCUGAUAAUGUUCAUCACCCACUCUCUGGCAGAGACGGAUCAAACUUGGGCAAAGCAUCUUUUCUUCAUUUAAUUUGGCAAGAGGUUAGUAGAGUUUUCUUUUAGUGUGUUAGAUUGGAAAGCUGGUAGGAGUGCUUUGCAUUAACUUGUCUUGGUUAGACAGUGAUUAGGUUGGGCGUUAGACAGUCAUUAGGUUGGUAGGAUUGCUUUACAUUAAGUUGUGUUGGUUGAUUUGUUUGAAAAGAAAAGAACUGAAGAAUGUACGAGUUUUGGUUGAUUUGUUUCGGUUGUUAUAAUGUUGCAUUCAAUAUAUGAAACUACGUAGAAAGUUUUGUGAAAUUA